AAAGGUUAUUCACUAAAACCAUUUGAUAUCAUAUGAAAUAUUCUUGAAUACACACUAGCAACUUGUUUACGAAGGAAAAAGUUUGUGUAAAAUAAAACAAUAUGUCGUUAGCUAUAGAAAGCGGUGCCACGAAUACAGUGGCCAUAUAUGUCGGUGCCGGUGAUGACUCCCGCAAAAGUCUUAAGCGCUUCCACUUCGGCGCCGCAAACUUUAAACUUUUAAAACCCACACAAAUAGAGUCAUUCCUCAAUGAUAUUAAGACCACUACUGCUCAAUAUGUAAUCGAUAGGAUCGCCAUCGGAAUGCCCGGUAUUGUGGGUGAACAGGAUAAAAAGGCAUUGAAACGAGCCGUGGAUAAGGUAUGGCCUAAUCUGAAGAUGGUAUGGGUGGGCAACGACACGGACACUGCAUUAGCAUGUAUCGACGACACUAAGUAUGCCAUCAAAUGCAUAGUCAUAUCGGGCACCGGGAGCUGUUGUUAUGGCAACAACGGUCACAAGACGGCUAAGAUCGGAGGACACGGACACAUCAUAGGAGAUAGAGGCUCAGGGUAUGCUAUCUCACACAUGGCAUUGAGAGAGGCUUUAAAAGAUUACGAAUACAAUCACUACACACCGGAUGACACGGAACCGCACGAAGACCGGUCGGUGCUCAUGAACUGUCUGCUCAAACACCUGAACCUGCAGUCCAUCUACGAGCUGGUGGGCUGGUCGGUGGUGGCCUCCAAGGCAGAGAUCGCCGAUUUGGCCCAAUUGGUCAUCAAAGUGGCGCUCAUGGGCAACGCCGUCGCCAAACGCGUCUUAGACAUCGCCAUCGAUGAUCUCGUCAACGACAUCAAGUGUCUGGUCAGUCGGCUGCGCAAUGACGGCGCCAAAGCCGAGGGCAAUACCAUUCAGAUUGGAUUCACCGGUAGUUUAUUGUCAAAGAGUGAGACAUUCUCGCAGCGCGUGUCGCAGAAGUUGAAGCAAUCGGUUCCCGACGCGGAUAUUAUCAUAUUGAAGGACACAGUGAUGGGCGCCCUCCGGAUGAUUAGCGACAAGAACAGCAAUUCCAGUGAUAACGGAGUC